AGUGCACGAACCACGUUCGUGUUUUUCCGGACGCAUCGUGAAACAAGCCCGAGCGCCGCCGCCGCUGCAGCCGAACGGCACUCGCACCAGCCCACUGGCACCUUAACAUCACAUUUCAGGCUAUUUCUUCAGACUCCUCGCUCGUCCGAUACUGCCCGUGCGCUGCAAAUGCAAGCCAUCAAGUGUGUCGUUGUCGGCGACGGUGCCGUGGGUAAGACAUGCCUGCUCAUCAGCUACACCACCAAUGCCUUCCCAGGAGAGUAUAUCCCCACAGUAUUCGACAACUACUCUGCCAAUGUUAUGGUGGACGGCAAACCUGUCAACUUAGGCCUCUGGGAUACAGCAGGACAAGAGGACUAUGAUCGCCUCAGACCACUCUCCUAUCCCCAAACGGAUGUGUUUUUAAUUUGCUUCUCACUGGUGAGCCCUGCUUCCUUUGAGAAUGUAAGAGCAAAGUGGUACCCUGAGGUUCGCCAUCACUGUCCAAACACCCCCAUCAUACUUGUGGGCACUAAACUUGAUCUGCGAGACGACAAGGACACAAUUGAACGUCUGAGGGAUAAGAAACUAGCUCCCAUCACUUACCCGCAAGGGCUUGCUAUGGCUAGAGAGAUUGGUGCUGUGAAGUAUCUGGAGUGCUCUGCUCUUACUCAGCGGGGUUUAAAAACCGUGUUUGAUGAGGCCAUCCGCGCUGUUUUAUGUCCUCCACCUGUAAAGAAAAGGGGCAAGAAGUGUACUGUAUUUUGAGGAACACCGCAGCUCAUUUCUUCAUCGAUGUGCCAUGUAAUCUGCGGGCUCUUGGUCUUCGGCUCUGCUGUUAUCAACAGAUAAAUCCAGCUUGUGAAGUGACAAACUGCAGAGACAUGCGUUUCCAUGGUAUGUCUGGUAUAACUGAUAUAUCAACAUAAAUAUGCCAAAAUUGCUUUGUUUUUAUUAAACUUUGCCUUAAAACGUUGGUGUAAUGUGAACAUUUAACGGAAGAGAAUGACAUAAGGCCAUGGCGUCAGGAUGAAUAAUUAGUUACUUAAGAACACGCAUUGCUAACUGUAAAGAGCUUUGCCCUGUUGCAACAAAUCUUACAUUUUUCAGAGCUUAUCGUGUGGAAAUUGUGGCUAUUCGUAUUUGAUCUGCACAUAAUUUUCCCUCUUGGGAUCUGUGAAUGUGUCAGAAGAUCGUGUAAAUAGAUAUUUUGCGACCUAAAUGUGUGGCCAUAGCUCAUGCUCUCACGUGAGGGGUGACGGUAAAUGCAUUUUUCAAUAUUUUACUUUCAGCUUUUGUUGCCUGUAAAACAUUUAAUACUGUACCCGUGUUUUAAUGUGACUACUGUAUGUGACAAUUUGUUAAACAAUGACAGAAAUAUUACACACUGAAAUAUUUGUUUGCCAAUAAAGUACUAUUAUUAGAUACUAUAAACAAAAAUACUAUAUAAAAUAAGCCGUAAUCACACUUGUCUGCUACAUACUGCAACUUACAAUGAAAAUCAUUUCGUGUAGAUCUAGUUUAAAAGUGUCUUUUUUUUUGCUAAACAUUUUCCUAUACAUUUUGAUAUGUUUGAAACGCAAUGAAAUGUGCCAUUAUUGAUUUUUUUUUUUUGUGCUGGGCUAACAAAAUGUGUUAAAAGUUGUAAGUGUUCAGAUGAUUAUUUGAAAUGUUCUUUUACCUUUUAAUGAUUGAUAUUUCAAUUUGAAUGAGAUUAAAAAAAUGUAUGUAUGUGUGCCAA